GGUAGAAUGUCACUUAUGCUAUUAUACUGAGAUUGUUUCGUCUCACCACAUCGAGACAAUCAGAAGAAUUGAGAUACUGCCGCACGAGUGACUUAUUUUAAAUAGAAAAUUCGGAAUAAUGGAAAUUCAUUGCUAAUCGUUGGGGCUUAAAAAAUAAGAUAUUUGGUUGAGGAUAGGAAUGGAAUUUUUUCGAGUUAUACGUGAUUGGAUGAGAACUUUUUGGUUCAUAAUAUGCGUGGCUAAUCUAGCCCAUAGUGCGUCUAUCCGAAAAUUACUACCAAACGCACCGGUACACGGGCUUGCGGACCAUAGCACUGGAGUAAACGCUAAAAAUAACGAUCUGAAUGCAUUCCACUAUAUGAAUGCGCACUCAAGGACUAAAAGGAAAAUUAACCCGGAAAAAAGAUCUGAAAUGGAACAUAAUCUCAUUAGAAACCAGCAUGACUCAAGCGAAGCCGCGGACUCUCCGACAUUUGGAGAAAUUCUCAAUAUCAACACUGGUUUCAGUGGUGAUUCCGACUAUCAGCUUAGCUCUGAAGCCGAUGAAUCCAUCGAGAGAACGGACUCACGAGACGAAAUUGAACCAGUAAACCCGUUUUCUCAAAACAUUUUGCACAAAUUGGAGUCCUUGCUGCGUGAUUCGUUCGCUAGAGACCGACGUGCAGCGCCCUCUGCGGCAUUUGGGCGCGCCAGCUGCUGUAUUGGGGACAUAUGGUGCUUCCGACCAUGCAUCUUUGCCCAUCGUAUUUUAACAAGUUCGUCCUAUUCCAGACGCAAGAGAGGAUUCCGGGCGUCGUGGGGCCAAACGGACGAAGUGUGGUUUCCAGUGUGGGACUUGAAAAAUGACGAUGCGAAAAUCAAUAUUCUAAAGUAUCUUGUGAAAAAAAUUCAUGAUUUACGAAUCGAAACUAUGAAUGAGAAAAAUAAACAGCAAAAAAGGAAACGAAGAAACGACGAACUCAGUUUGUGAAAACUGAAUCCGCAAAUUAUAGGUUUUAAUUUCAAAUAAUACCGUAUAUAUGUGAAAAUGUUUUGAAUAUUGAAUAUUGAACCUUUUGAAUAUUGUUAAUAUGUAUUUCUUUUCGUUGUGAUAUUAAAAGUUCUCACACAACCCUGCACUACGACAUUUUGAAUUUUUGUCAAGAAACUGGGCAAAAAUAAUAAAGUUCUCGAAUUUUAAACACAAAUUUUGUUAUGUUUUUCCACCACGGAUGAACAUUUGAAAGUGUGCUAUAACUAGAAUAGAAAUAUGAUAGGAGUGUAAAGGAGACAGCGAGUUGCGUGAAUUGUCACUUUUUGAAAAUGUAUUUCUAUUCACAAAAUUCCUUGCGAUGACGAUUUUCUGAAAAUCCAGUAAGUCUGACAUUGCAAGAUAAAACACAUGUUGUUAUAUAAUUUAUUUCGAAUAACAGGAAACCUUUACAACUCC